AUGAGCAUUUUAGAUGAUGGGCAACUGAUUGAGCAAGUAGAGUGCUUUUCUUUUAUUUAUAAUAAAAACGAUCCGUCUUUCGAAGACAAAAUAGCCAAGGAAAGUGAUUGGCAAACCAUAGCGGCUGUUAUGGGUGUGACUCCUCAAGAAUGUGAACAACGAUGGACAAUCCUCAGAAACCGAUUUUCAACGGAAUUAAGACUAUCUAAAAACACACCUUCCGGAAGCCAGGCCACUCACCAAUGGCCAUUAUUUAAAGCAAUUCAGUUUUUAAUACCUUUUGUUACUGCCAGAACUGUAGCCCAAAUAGACGCUCUAUUUUUGAACUCAGCACUCUUUGCUUCGCGAAGAGUCACCUAUUUAGUGGCCCGAAGGUUUCGUGACGUAAGUCGCAACCGAGAGUCGGAAACGACCAGACUCAUGUCUGGGUUCGGCAAAUCCGGGGGACCUAAGGCCCUUCAUACCAUCCAAGGGGCCAAGACAAGGAUGCCUAAGGCGUCCACUUCCGCUGGCCCUCUGCCGCUCCGGCGGCAAGGCAGCUCCCCAACCACCCAAGGGGGAGAAACAGCUGCAAAAAGAGGAGGAGUGACACCAAAGGCUUUGCCUGCGAGUGGGUCCCAGUGUUUCAUUCCGGGGCCCCAGCCCUUCUCGAAAUGCACAAAGUGUGGCCUGGGCUUUUCUUCGGCCAUUCUACUUAGGCGUCAUGUCUUGAUGCGCAAGUGUGGCGAUAGAAAUAAGUGCCUGUACUGUGGGAUGGUUCUUACAUCCUACAAAGGCGUCAGGGCUCAUGAACGGAAGGUACACCUGUUAGAGUACGCGGCAAAUAUUGAAGCCCUGAGGCCCAUGUCGGACGCGGAGGUCUAUCAGACCAUCGCGGACAUAGAGGCGAAAGCUACCUCGCGUAGCUUUCUCAAGGAAAUGUCAGCCGCAACGGGUCUGACCGCAGACCAAGUGAAGCAUAGGAGGCGACGCCCAGACUACGCUAGAUAG